GUAGUGAGCCGCCGGCGGGCACGCCGCGCAUGGACAAGGCGCGAGCAUAAGAAGCUUGACCAGCAAGCUCCUAAAACGAGAGGACAAAAGGUCGGCUGGUCGUAGACGUUCGCUCUCUUCUCUGUCGAGAAGACGCGAGCUCCACCACGGGGUCGGCUCUACCAAUAGGGACACUCUGAGCUCCGUGCGUCCUCGCUGGAAAACUUUGGCGGAAAGAUCGAGCCGAGAAAGGCGGAGCGAAGUCGGCUAGACUGGACGUAUUGGCAGUCUUUGAAGACCUGUCAUCAUUUUGCAGAAGGAAAUGAAGCUCCUUCAAUCUCGCCUUCUCACAUUUUAUGUAUUUGUAUCUUCCAUCAUCUCUAUCACAACCAGCAUCCCCUUCAUGCCUGCAACUAGCAACGAGACUCUUUACCUUGUGGGAUACUCAUCGCAACUGUACAUAACGAACGUAGAGUGCGUCAUAACAAGAUACAGAAGCGUCCGUGAUGGAUGGGUAAUGAGGAGUGUCAACUACGCGCUUCACGUUGGAAAAGAGUGGCGACCAAAGUCAUCAGUUAUUCAUGUAAAAUGGGAACCAUAUGCUGUAUUACUGAAUGUGAAGGCUGAUGAAUACCUAGCACAUAAUUUGGGCGCAAAGACGGAGUACGUGGUACGGAAUUACAACAAACACUCUUUAGUUCUCUCAGAUCUGAAAGACGUACCAUCGCCAUGCUCACUCUGGGUGACGAGAGACCAUCUUGACAAAAUCCCAAAGAUGAUAAACAGGACAUUUUAUCAGCAGUGCCCAGAACCUAUCUACGCUCCGUUUAGAGAGGAGUGUUUUCGGAACCAAUAAAACUAACCUCUUCAAAUUUUUUU